CCCGACCGUACCCUGCAGUUGAUUCCGUCUGAGUGCAGCAACAUUCAUGUACACUGAACUUAUGUUGUAAUUUACAUAUUUUUAAGUAAUCUCGAGAUUAAUCGUAUUAAAAAGUUAUCUUCAAUGAUACUGGAUUGAAGGAAAUAUAAGGCGUUUAGAAUUUUUAUUUUAUCAUUUGUAACCGUGAAGUGCAAGCAUGACAGCUAGUGACAUUUGACAAUCGCUUUCGGAAGAGAAUCGUAAUUCGUAAUUUUCGUAAUCAGAGACAUAUAAGUCCGAGAAUAACUGAAAUACUUGUGAAUUCAGCGUGUGGUUUAAGUUAUCGGCGCUGAGCUUUUUAAUUUUACGCAAUGAAAAAAGUGUUGUGUUCCUUAAUGUAGUUGAAAAAUCUCGUACAUUCCGAUGGUCGUAUUUUAUAUCUAAUAAUAUACAUAUCGCGUGCUGAUGGAGUGACGUUGUGUUUGGAUGCUGCUGUACAUAUGUUCACGUCUUAUUAAAUACUCCGUGCCAAGUGUUUCCUGUUAGUUUUUCGAGUGACAAGCGAGUUUUUAGCGAGUGAUAUUAAAAUCUAGUCUCUGAAUGAUGCCAUUGUAGUUCGUAGUCGAGAUAUGUCGGCUACCAAAGGGCCAGGACUGUAUGAAUUUUUGAUUGAAGCCGAGUUACAACAAUAUUAUGCAGGCAUCAAGAAUGACCUGAAAGUCUCCAAUGUUCCUCAGUUAAAAUAUGUGACUGAUGAUGAUUUACAUCACAUUGGCAUGUCAAAACCAGAAAUGAGACGACUAAGAAAGUUCUUUCAGAAGCAUUUUCCCCAGAAUUAUUUACUGAAAUUUAAAAAAAUGAUAUUACCUCGCCGUGAAGAGCAUGUAGCAUCUAUGAUGGCAAUGCUACCUGACGAGGGCCCUGAGAAACCGCCUAUUAAGGUUCCUAAUAAGCACAUUAUUCCUGCUGAAGCUAUCAUUGUCAACAAAGAGCUUGGAACUGGGGAAUUUGGAGUAGUUCAGCAGGGUGUUUGGACAAAUGACGGAGAAAGAAUUCAAGUUGCUAUUAAGUGCUUGAGCAGAGAACGUAUGCAGAAUAACCCCAUUGAAUUUCUUAAAGAAGCAGCCAUAAUGCAUGGAAUUGAUCAUGAACACAUUGUUCGAUUAUAUGGUGUAGUAUUGGACACCAAUGCUUUUAUGUUGGGAUUUGGCUGCCCGUAACAUUCUGGUUUUUUCAAAGAAUAAGGUUAAGAUCUCUGAUUUUGGUCUGUCUCGGGCCUUGGGUGUAGGAAAAGAUUAUUACCAGACAAAUUUUAAUGUGAAUUUGAAAUUGCCAAUAGCAUGGUGUGCUCCUGAAAGCAUAACUUUUUUACGGUUUACUUCAUCAUCAGAUGUCUGGGCUUAUGGUGUUACACUUUGGGAAAUGUUUAGCUAUGGUUUUCAGCCUUGGGCUGCCCUCACUGGUCAACAGAUUCUGGAUGCAAUUGAUGAACCCAAUUUUCAGAGAUUAGAACAACCUGAAUGUGCCCCAAAGGAGUACUAUGGUAUUAUGUUGAAAUGUUGGCAGCAUGAUCCCAACAAGAGACCUCGGUUUGCUGAUUUACUGAAUUUACUGCCUGAGUGUAAACCGGAACAAGUACAAGCUGUGCAGGAUUCUAUUGAAGAUGGAAGUAAGCCCAAAAGAGAUCAACUGACAUACUCUGUAGGAGAAGUUAUCACAGUAUUGGACAAAGGCCCUUUGCCAAAUGUAAACAAUUGUUGGAAAGGUGUAUUAAACAGUGGUAAAACUGGACUUUUUAAUCCAGCUCAUACAGUUGCAUAUUUAGGAUCUAACCUGCCUUCAACUAAACCAGGUGAAAUUGUUCGUGGAGAUGGCAAAAACACCUAUUCUUCUCGACGGCGGCUACGCCCUGAUAUGAUAUCAUCUCCCCAAGGUGAUUUAAAACACACCGGUCACGUGGGUCUUGAUGGAGCUUAUUUUGGAGAUAUCCCAUUUUUGGGUGGCAAGCAAUAUCACCAUCUCCCACACCAAAUAGUUACUCCAUACAAACCUCAGGAUGACACUGGUCCUCCAGAAACAGAACAUGGAUCUUUAAUUCGGACUUCAUCUGUGGCAUCUGAUCGGGCACCUCUUAUUUCUGGAGAGCCAAAUAAAGCAGGAGUAUCUGGAGAGAGUACAACCUCUGAAAGCACAAAAGCUGGAACAAAGUUCUUACUAGAUCAUGAAUAUCAUGAGAUAAGUGAUGAGGAGACAACUGUUGAUAGCCCACGUUUUGAGAAUUCCUUUGACUUUGGACCAAGUCUGCUUGAUGAAAUGGAUGCUGUUUUUCGUUCACUGGGCACCUCAGUGCCUCCUGCUUCUCCAGGGCCACCUCCAUCACCUGCUUCUCCUUUGGAUGAAGCUAUCAACGUACGGAAUGAAUUACGAGAAAUGGCUGCAAAAGUAACAGGAAAAAAGAAGCAAGCUACGGUGAAACCAAUAUCUGCUGCUGAUGAGAAGACUUUAGAUUGUGCUAUUGCUAUGGCUAAUGAACUAGCAGCACGAUCGAUGAAUGAUUUAGAUAGUGGAACACCACCUGAAUCUCCUCGUACACCUAAUAAGCGUAAAUUUUCUUUCCGAUUUCCAUCUUCAGGUGUAAAUAAACAUACUAGCCCAAAAGCAGAACGGCGGACGUUCUCAGAAGAAGCAGCGUCUAUUCCUGACAUUCAGUCCUCACUUACUGAUGAAGCAAAAGAAGUUUACAACAGUCUUGUGGAGCAGCCGUUGUCUUCACCUCCAGCCUCAUCACUUGGAUCACCCUCGCCACCAGUGGAUACAAAUCCAUUGCGAAUGCUUCGUAAUGGUGCAUUUCCUGUUGUGAGGCCAAGAGUGCGUGGGAACAAGCACAACAGCAUAAAUGGAGUUCCACAUACGGAGCCAGUAAUUGCAGUAGGUACUCGGAGUUUGCCUCGACUUCGUGUUCCCCCUCCUCCCACUGCACCACCUCCAGUCCCUCUUCAGCGUUUGCCUAGCAAAGGAGAUGUACCUGUGGAAGCAGUGGAUGUUUCAUGCACAACUAUUUUUGGCCCUCGUGAAGGACCUUUAAGUUCUCAAACUUCAGAGGAUAAUGGGGAUGUGUUUGAAAGUGUAGAAAAUGAAGAAUCUAAUAAUCCUAUUCCUUUACCUCCUCGAGACCGAUCACGGCCUCAACCUCCAAACAAACCGCGGCACCAGCGGAAACAUCCAUUGAUAAUUCCUGGAGGAGGAUUAUCAAGAACAUUGGUGAAAGUGGCUUGUGCAGAGAAUGCAGAUCUUCCAACUUAUUUAGAGGUCCAAAGUGAGAUGUCAGACCAAAUGCAAGAGUCUGUUCAAGAUCAAAACGAAAUAAGCCCUGGGGUUGAAGAUGAUAGUUUUGAGCAAAGAAUUGCUUGUGAAUUAGCAGCCUUGGAUGAUAUUUCUGAUGAUCGUUCAAUGGUACGUCAUGAUGAUCACGUAUCGUGUGAAGAUCUUCUGGAAUUUGCUUGUGAUGCACCUAACACUCGACGCACUCAAGGGAAAGCGCAUGGCAUUGAAUCUGAUGAAGUUCGAAUUAUGGGAAAAGUUUUAGGAACAGAAGUGUCUGCUGAAUGCUGUGUCGCAGCUCUUAAUACAGUAGACUGGGAUGUGCAUCAAGCCAUUAAACUUGCUCGACUGUACAAUCUUUUGCAGUCAACAAUGGAAACUCCAAGUGAUUGGGUGACAUGUAAUGAGGCAUUGGAGACCUGCAGUUGGGAUGUGAGCAGAGCUGCUGGGUGGGUUCUCACUCAAGGACAGACUUCUGACACCACACAGGUAUGAAACAGGGCCUUACAAGAUAUUUUCGUAAUAGCUUCUUUAAGCGAGUAUUGUGUAUAAAUGAACAUUGGCGGCAGUGGAGUAUUCUACUUUGUGAUGUACACCAACAGAGAAGAUAACCUAAAAAAUUAUCUCUUCCAUUUUGGGUGCUCAGACAAGGGAAGCGUAAAUGAAGUUGAUUUAAGUGCCUCACAUUUUAAAUAUUUCAAAAAAAUGUAAAAUUAGGAAAGUUGCUGAUGAAGUUCUUUUUUGACAAAUGUAUAUAUAUUUUGUGAAUUACGAGCAAACUUCCAUAGUCGUAGUGUGUUUGCAGACAGAAAUUUUCAGAUAUACUCAACCCUUGCAGACCCACAUGCCUCAACCCACAACAGUAGAACCCAUUUCAUUAAAAUGAACUGUUUAAUCUUUUCUGCUCAUGAAUUUAAUUUAUGAGAAAAAAGGAAAAGGAACAGAUUAAUUUAUUAGUUGAACAAUUCUGUUUCAAAAACAUUGUAAAAGAUGGUUCAAUGUCGAUUUUGAUCAACAUUAUGAAUAAUCUCCUGCUUCUGUUUAAAGCUAUUACCAAGUAUAGAAUUUGUUAUAUUCAUUUAUUUAUUUCAAACUUUCUUUAGUACUUUGUAUUAUUAAAAUGUUUUUACUGGAUUUAUUGUGUAUAAAAAUUGUAAGUCGUAGUUAGCACAAUUUUUCAUGUGAGAAAUUUUGUAAAUAGAUCUUAGUAUAAGCAGGUUCAGGGAAAAACAUGCGAAAGCACAAUUUUACAAGUUGGGGGUAACAAUCAACUGUAGCCUUGAAAAGGUUAUUAAAUUUUAUGAAGUCCCUUCUUACAUUAUAUUAUUAUUUACGCUCUCAUAUUUUGCAAAUUUUGCAUAGCAAAAUAGCCUUUUAGGCUCACUUGUCUGAAUCGUGUGACAUAUUAUUGAAAAUUUGCUUGUGGAAGUAAAACUGCCAUGUUUACAAUGAUUUGUGCUCUUGUUCAUGUACUACAGUUAAGUGCAAGAUAUUUGAAAAAGUGAUAACCAAAGAUAUAAAUUCAUACCAUAACAAAGAGGUUAUUUUGUAAUUACCACAAUGUUAUUACUUUAUAAGAUUUAUGUUUUUUUGUGAAGUAUAAAUUUGAUCAAAUAUCAGUGAACAUUUGAUAAUAUAUAGCAAUUUAAAGUAUUAUAUACUAUCAUUACUUUCAUGAUGCUUGUAGCAUUUUGUACAAUUCGUGAUAUGUGAAAUCGUAUGGCCUAAGGAUAAGCACAUAAACUCAUAUCUUUCCUUUAUCUAUUCAGUAAUGUAAGUAGCUCUAAGGAAUCAAAAUGCAAAGAAAAGUACUUAUUUGUCUGUUGAAUUUUUGACAAGUACUUUCUGAGAGGGAUCUCAAAAAAUUUAAUAAAAAAAACAACUUAAAUAACAUCUUUUAUGGUGACUUAUCAUUGUUACAUGAUUUCUUACCAUUAAGAGCUAUUCAGAAAGUAUAUUGUCAUUACAUUACAACACAUUAAGUUAGUGUAAAGUGUGCCAAACAAGCACAUCUUUUGAUCCAGUUUUAGAAAAGCUUUAUUAUUGCCUUGAUACUGAUAUAUAUAUUUGUAGAAAGGGUUAUGUUACAUUGUGAUGUUACGGUGAUUGUAGGUACAAUUCUGUACCAAUGAGUUGAAUUUUAUUAAAUUCUCUGAAUGUAUUUUAAGUCAGGAUUUUAAUCUCAAGGCACCAUCCAUAUUUGAAAGUGCCAAUAAAAAGAUAUUCAAUGAUGAAAUUAUAUUUCUUUAUUUUCUUGGUUACUUAAUAGUUGUGUAAUUGCUGUGAUUUAGUAAAUAGCAAAAAUACAAUUACUUUUUACUUUACUUAUUUUGAAAAAUGCAUAAGAAAAUCAGAAAUGUUAUAUUUUCUAGACUAGCACAUUAAAACCUUGAGGUUUACUGAAUUACUCUCCAUGCCAUACCAUAGUGCAUUGUGAUCACUGCCUGUUCUCCACAUUUCUGGUUUACAAAGCAAAUUUGUAAAUUCAUGCAUUUUACUGCAGGUUCUCAUGAGUAAUUAAACAUAUUUUCUGAAUUUUGUAAAAAUAAACUUUUGCAUUUCUGGUCUUUUUAUAUGGAAGCAUAUUUGCAAGUUUGUAGAUCUUUUUUUUAUGUACUUUUAUAUUUCAAAUAUACAAUCUUAUAAAGCUGUAAAUGAAGUGUUCUUUAACUACUUCCCCUAAACAUUUUGAGUCCUUCUCUUUCAUCCUUAGUUUAAUUAUAAACCAUAGUGAUUUCAGCAAAUAUUCAAUAUGAAUUUUAAUGACUAAAAAAAUAGGUAAACAUCAGACGGUAUACAAAUCAAUUUACAGUGGGUUCUAAGGUACAAAGCAGGUGCUCUGAAUAGUGGUUUUCUUAGAAAUGCAUUGCUGAUUUAUCAACUUCAAUACUGUACAAUAAAUUUAUUAUUUUGUAAAAUCUUUAUGAAUCUCUUGAUGAAUACAAAAGCAGUGGAACUGAAAAUACACACUCAAUCCUACAAUCAUAUACUUGAAAUUUAGAAAUGUACUGAAUAUUGAAAAAUCUUGUGAGUAUUGUUCAUUAUUGGAAAAUCUUCUGUGAUAUAACUCCGGAUGAUUUACCAGUCAGGAAGCAAAAUAGUUGGAUGUUAUAUUUCAGUUCUGCCUACAAAACUGGCAAUGUGUAUUUCUUACUGAAAUGAUCUUCUGCAUGAAUCUUCUACAUUUUAAGGAACUAGAUACUAGUUAUUGUAAGAAAUAUAAGUCACACAAGACAGAUACAAUCUCAUGUAAGACUAUAUGAACUCAAAUAACGGAUAUUACACAUGCAACAAUGACAUUCCUCCAGGUUCCAGUUUUAAGAACAAAUGCUUAAUUCUUGUAACAUUCAUAAAUAUGAGAUUUAAAGCAACCAACAUAUAAUAUGAUUAGAAGUCGCAAGUACAUUUUUUCCAAAAAAUUCCUUCAAAGACCUUCAUUCUCAUAACAGUAUUGGUAGUCUGCAACCAGUCAGCCUUGUUUUACAUACACAAUGUUUGUGCAUCAGGGUGGCCCCUUUCUGGAAAACCAAGGAAUUUAAUUGCUUUGGAAAAAUCAGGAAAUUUGUAGAAUCAUUCGAAGUCAAGAAACAUUUUGAGAUGGUUAUGUAACUAGGUAGUAAGUAAAAAAAUGUAAAAAAACAACUGUGACUCAAUUUUUAUUAGUUUCAGGAAAUAAGUGGGCACCCUGUGCUUUUAAUAAUGGUAACACUAUCCUAAACAAAUAAUUUUACAUUAUCCAACUGAAUAUCUUGAUAUGAUUGUGGAAUUUUUAAAUUUUAAAACUGUAUCUGAUGAAAUUAUACAUAGAGAUUAAUACAUAUCAGAAACUGGAUGAACUUGAUAAAAACAGAAAGAGCCUUUUAAUCAUAUGGUUUUUAAACUAUAAUAAAAUGCAGAUAUUCAAAUACAUUUUUAAACAUUCUAUUUUUCAGAAUCGCUUUUGAAAUAGUAAUGUAACAAUCCGGUUUUGAAUAAAGUGUCACUAGAUAAAUCUUCCUAGAACUCUCCAUUAAAAUUUUAACACUAGAUGAAGGAGGCAGUCAUUAUGACCGCUGAGAACAUUGCUUUGUGCAAUCGCAUACUGUAGUGGAGUGUCUGUCCAAAUGGAACUUCAUUCCACUUAGGAAGAAUUAUUUUUCCCUUAUGAUAGCAGUAACCUUGAAUUACAUUGCAAGUCUUAUUUUGCUCUGUUAAAAUUUUCCCCCAUCUGUGAGUUUGUUCAAAAGAAGAGUACAAUCGUGUACAUAACCUACCCUUGAGUUCAGUUUCACCUUAUUUGAAUUUUGAACAAUAUUUCCCUUGGUGUGAUGGGAACAAAAUAUCUUACGAAGGAGACUAAUUUUUGUUGCAUGGUAGAAGGUACAUACUGAACAUCAAUAAAUUGCCCAUUCAGACAUGAAAACAAAAAUAAAGAUAUGAAAAAUUACUUGUAAAACAAUUAGGUGUAAACUGGAAUGAUCUGAUGGAUUUGGGUAUUUGUUUAAAAAAUAUCCACAAAACUAAAUGGGUGCUUAGGAACCUUGCUAGAUAAGAGCUUUGAUAAUGUUUUUAACAGUUGAAUGUUCAAUAAAAUGUUUAUAGUAUAAUUUUAUAUGAAUUACACAGGCAUACACAGAAAAAAGUUUCGCACAAGAGUGGUGUAAUUCUAGCUUCAAUUUUCGAUUCAGGGUUAACAUACGUAGCAAAACAUGUGUCCAGUCUUUGGGUCAUUCAACUACCUCCGAAAACAAAAAUAUAAUUUCACGAUAAAAAAAAUUGGAGGGUGAAAGGUAUUUCAAUGUGCUGAAUCUGAAUGUGAAGCCAGAAUUGCACCAUGUAUUGUACCUGAGACAUGUUUCUCUAUAGAAUCAUCUGUCAAAUCUUUGGGUCUAUUUUUUUGUGUGCCUGUGUUAUGAAUUAUUGUUUAGAAUUCCAACUUUAUUAGGGAACCACGUAUUGAACAAGACUGAACAGAGAGGACAUUUUUAAGACAUCUGGGCAAACAGGACUGUUUGUAUUUUUUUUUUGAACUUCACAACAAUGAUCCAACUCCCUUAACGUAAAAGUAUAGUUAGCAAUAUUUAAAAACUAGAAAUGUUCCUUGAUUUUGCAUUUAAUUAUUAUGACCAUGCCAGAAAUUGCUAUUUUUAGAAAUUUGCCUUAUUUGAGACUUAAUUGCAAAAAUUUAGGCAUUUGCUUACUAUAACAGAGACACUAAAAUCACCUUAUUUCUUUAGAUUCAAUUAUUAAAAAACUAUCAACAAUAGAGUUAAGUAGUUUCUAGCCCCAAAAAUAUAUAUAAAAAUUUAGUGUUUAAGAACUUUGAGGGGAAAAAAGAAAACAGGAUACAGCUUCCAUAAGACAUCCAAAAGAAGUUCACUAAUCAGCGAAGAAUACGUUUUGGUUUGGGGGAAAUUCAUCAUUGGUGUAUGAAAGAAUACAUUUAAAAGGCGGAUCAAAUUCUAAUACUAGAUUACUUGGGAAGUGGAAUUUUGGUAUGUAAUAAACAAGGCCAAAAGAAUAAUAAUUCAAUACUUGUAUUAACAAGAUUAACAAACUUCAAAAAGUUCUGGCAGUACAUCAUUUAGAAACCAGCUUUUGGACAUUCACUUUGCUUUCACCACCUCUCAACCAUACACUCAUAGCAUUAACAACUUAUAAUAAUUUUUCUGGAAAUUUUCAGUCACCUCCAGAUGGUUAGUACUUCCAUUUCCAAACUCUUAUUAUUGCUUCCUGAUUUAUUCCAGAAAGUUAUCAGAUUACAAGAUUUCCUCAAAAUGUAUGAAAACAAAACUUUGUGGUUAAACAAUAUUGAUACAUUUUUAUGUACAUUAACAAGCAAACAUUAACACUUUUACUAUACUUCAGAAAUUUGAAAUUGAAACUGUGUCAAAAUUACAAUCCAUGAUGUGAUAAAUAUAUUUUUCUAAAUAAAUAUCUCAAAGGCUUUAGAGUUCUAACCACAAGAUCUCACAUUCUAAGCUUAGUUGAAUCAGGAAGACAUAAUAUCAUUGUGCUGAACUGAAAUUACACUGAUUGGCAGCUGACUACAGAAACAACAUGCUACUUAACAUUAAGGUGAAGGCUGAUGCGUUAUUUACACAAAUCGUGUGAGACCUCUACACUGGCCAUUAAUAUUUAGUUAGCAUGAAAUAGGUUUCAAUUGUUAAAUACAAAACUACACCUAGGGUUCAAUUUUGUACCCCUGAAUGUAUGGAAGUCCUGUAGGAACUUUUUUCUGAUACUGAUAAUAAUCUUCUCCAAAAAAAUUUAACAGUGUAACUUCUUCUAUCAAUAUUCGAUCACGAAAAAAUUGCCAACUGGCCAAGAUAUAUCCCGUGAUACAAAUGGGAUUGACCAAAAUCAACUGAGUUCCUAUUGACCAGUAAAACCAUCCUACAUAACUUGGAUGACGGCAGUAGCUGUACACACCAUGUGUCACCAACUGAUGACCUUCUUCUUGGACACUUUGAAUUAUGUGUGUAAAAUUUGAUUUUGCUGUCAGCAUUGCUAGUUUUCUUAAUCCUUCCCCCGCAAUACACAAAAUAAUUCCUACAUAUGUGAUUUCAUAAGACUGCUUCAAACCUUGAAAGAAAUACCAUUCAAUAAAAAAUUCCACCCAACUGGAAAUUGCAGCUAUUGCAUAUUCUCUACUAUGAUUUAGUACAAAUGAGUCAAGAGAAAGUGUUCUAGGAUUGGUUAUUGCUAUCAUUAAAAAUUCAGAAUAGUGAAAAAAUGACAGAAAGCACAUGUAAUAUCCAAAAACCUGCCAUGAUGGCUGCAAGUAAAAUGCUAUGAAGAUUCCACAACAGAAUGCAAAUCCAAGAAAUAGUGCCCGGAUUGCAACCUGAUAUGCAGCUCCAUUAAGGAAGGCAGGAAGGACUGCAUUUUCAAGAAGAUAAUAAAGCGGGAACAACCACCAGAAAUGAUUUAUCAAGCAUACACUAAUAAAAUCAAUCCGGGGAAUCAACAGCAGUAAUAUUAAUUGUGAUGACAAAAAGCAGCAGAGACUUACUUUCCCAUUGUACACUAACAUCACAAACCGUUCAAAAUAGCAUCGUGUAAAUAAGAGAGUUUAUUGUCUAACAAUAACUUAGGUUAUUUAAAAUCUCAACCCUUUCUAUCUCAUAAUUAUACUUCAGCAACUUCCCUCAAAUUAAACAAGAGGUUCAAGAAAUGACGUGUAUCUUUUGUAUACCAUUCAGGUGCGAUCUACAUGAGAUUCCGUAUCUUUCGUGAAUAGCUCUGGAGAUUCUGUCAGCGGCCAAGCGCUCCGGCAAGAGCUGUCCAGGACAGUCCAGGAGUUGUCUAUCCUCAGUGUUAGUAUACAAACAAGUAAGAUUAAACCAAGAUAACACGGGAAUUGUUCAUUAAAAGUAGAAAUUGUGUACUUCGUGUUUAAUUACUGUCACUUCUGAAACAAAAUAUGACGUAAACAAUUUUUUUGCCACAAGUGCGCGUACUACUGCAUGCCCAAAUAUAACCAACAAAUUAAGGGCCCGGGGACGGGAGCCAAUAGGAACGGCAGAAUCCGACCAGUAGAACCACCCACCACACACUACCACUGAAUCGACUGCGAACAAAGGUCAUUACCGACCAGUUAAGAGGACCGAUAAGUACUGAUAUAAAUUUCUAGCCAUCUUGCUACAAUAUUACACCGUGAAAGAAUAUUCUUCCAUGAUUACACACUUCAUAUAUUCCCUCGGCCAGCUCGCUUUUGCGCCUGCUGCCAGCCUGCUGCUGCGCUGACGCUGAGGUACCGCAAUUCGUCUGCAUUUGAUCCGUAUUAUCCGCACUUCGACUGCAGUCACAUAUUAAAAAAAAGAAAAG